AUGUCAAAAGUAGGUGUGCGGAAACCAAGACCUCCCAGAGACGGGGCGGCGGUCCCAGCGCGCCCCGAGGGCUGUUCCUGCAGUGCCGGGCGGGUUUCGCCAGACGGCGCCACCGAGCCCGUUGGUUGCCGCAGCCCCGCCCCGCUCCCCCCGCCCCGCAGGUGCCGCGCAGGGACCGCCCCGGCCCCGCCCCGCCCGGCCCCGCCCCGCAGCCCUUUUACCGAGCGCCGGGGGGCCGGGGGUGCUUUGGUGUGUGCGGGUCGGGAGGAGCCGGUGAGUGCCGGGGCUGUGCUGCCGCGCCGCGAUCCCGGGUGUCCGUGCCCGACAGGGCCGUGUGUGCGCAGAGACCUUCGGGCCCCCGCGGGACGGACGGUGCGGAGCUCGGCCCGGGGUCGGCCCGGGCUGUCCCGGCUGCGGCUCCGGCCGGGGGGACUCGAGCGGCCGCCCCCGGGCCGUGCCGGGAGCUCGGCUGUGCCCGGGCCGGCGCCUCUCCCGGAGGGAUGCGCGGCACGGCGGGGAAAGCGCCUGGAACUUUGUGUUGCGUACGCGAGUGUUUUCCCGCUGUCUUUGCGCAGGUUCAGCUGUGCGGGAACUGCCCGGGGGGCUGCCGGCCAGAACCCCCCGAGGAUGGGGCUCCCCCCGAGCACCGGGGGCAACCGCAGCCACCGGUGGGACCGGGUCAGCCUGCGGGAAGGUUCCCUGAUUGCUCCUGUCCCCAAAGCAGCUGUGCCUCGUUCCCAGAGACUCUGCCUGGGCAAGCCCGGCUCAGCGCAGCACCAGGAGAGGCUGCACGGGAGGACGAGCCCGGCCAGGAGCAGGACACAGGACACCCCGGGAGAGUUUGCAGCCUGGCUCGUGGUUUCCCCUGGUGCUGGGGAGUGGAGGCGAGUUGUGCUUCCUGCUGGGAGAGAGAAUGGCCUUGGGAAGCUGCUCCAUGACCCCCAGCUGUGCCGAGCCUGGGAAUCAGUCCAGGAUGUCGAGUGGCACCGUGUCCCUGAGGUCACCCUUUCUGCUGUUGGGAGAGCAUGAGGUGGAUGUAGAGGAUCCCCAGGCAUCUGCAGGCACAAGGGACUCGUACAACUGCGAUUUUCCUCCAGCUCUCAUAAGGUGGACUUUGAGGGUACCAUGGGUAAUGUGCCAGCUCUCCUGCUGGAGAUUUUGUCUUCUGCUAUAUUUGAAUACAAAGAGUAAAACUAAA